AAGGACGGGCUGUCUCCGCUCCAUUACGCGUGCGGUGAGGGGCAUCUGGGUAUCGUGGUGAUCCUCUUGGAGCGAGGAGGAGACCUGCUUGCCCAGGACAAGGACGGGGACACGUACUGCCACAUCGCAGCAGCAGAAGGGCGGGUAGAGAUCCUGAAGGAGCUCUUCUUGCAAGGUUCCUACCUUCACAACCAGAACCUGAUCGGUUGCACGCCCCUCCAUGCGGCUGCGAUGAGGGGGAGUGUGGGAGCCAUCAAGUGGCUGCUGCAAAAUGGAGCUGAUCCUCGGGCAAGCGACAGCGAGGGG